AUGACUUCCCUCCGACGAAUCGUCUUUGUGCUCCUCUUGUGCUCCAGCUCAAUUGGAGCCACCGAAACUCCCUGGUACUAUCCGAUUAUUGAGAUUUUACAAGCAAAACUGGUGGAUUUCACGUGCACACAAGGUGAGGAUUGAAUUACAAGUACUGUAGGAACGAAGACGUUCAGAAUGCACAACGACUCUGGACUGUGACACCGGAUUGAGUUGUUUCCACGCGACCGCCUACUCGAAAGGCUGCUGUCUGAUGGGUCAGUUACUUUUUUUAAGGUCUUGACAGUCCCCCAGCAUCAAAAUUGUUCCAAUACUGCUUGCUCGGAUUGGUCUCUAAACCAUCAUUCGAAAACAAGCGUGCCUUCGGGGGAUUCUUCACUAAGUUUCUCGAAAGUGAUGUAAUCGUAACACUUGUUGUGUGACAGGUAAAAACAUAAUAAUAUACCCAGGAAAAGAAGCCGAACCCGUUAGGAAUUCGGUUUAAAAUGACAAAUUUAGAAUGAAUAUUGUAACUUCAUGUUUCCCGUUGACAACUUUCUGGUAAUGCAGCUCGUGGAAGUGUCGGGGCACACACAAACACUCAAUUUUCAGCGCUGAAGCCAAACGAAACGGGCUGUAUGAUCGAGGACCAGUGCAAGCAGGCGUGUGAGAGCACAAUCUGCGAUCGUUCCCAGUUUCCGUCCCGAUGUCUCUGCGAGAAGGGACGCCAUUUUCUGUUCAACAAAUGCUGUGAGUGGGCGUAGCGAAAAGUAAAAUGUUCUGAAAAGUGCGCGCGACUUUAUUGAGUGCUUCAAAACCGCCAAUAAUUCUUGAUCUCUGUAGCGGUGACAAAACAAGAAGGAAGAAAAGGAAAAGUGAGACUAAUCCGUCAAGAGAAAUGCAACGUCACAGGAGGUCAGAAUGCUAGGGGAGGGGGGGAUGUACCUGCAAACGGAAGAGGAUUAAGGGAGUUAGGGGGAAUGCCGACUGAGACGGAUUUGCAAAGAGUACAGAACAUUUCGGUAGGAAUCAGAGAUCUGCUAAGCACAUGGUGCAUCGGCUCCCCCCCCCCCGGGUAACGGUCUUUCGUGUGAAAUGUCAUGGCCUUUCCGUUUUUCUUUCAUUUCUCACCUGCACUCCGGCACUCAUUGACAUUUCGGCUAACUUUGCGAUGUUUGAAAUCAAAUCAACAGGGAAACGUCAUCGCUCGAACUUUUCAGGGAAGAAGUGUCCGGACUUUGCGCACCCGGAGCCCAUCGUCGACGAUCGUGGCUUCAGCCGAUGCGAGCUGAAGUCCGAUCUGAAGGCCGCCGUGCUGUACAUGCGACGCAACAAACGACAACUGCGCAACAACUUCUGCUGA